AUGUCUUCGACUAAACGCAUGACUCUUCCGAGGCGCACUCAGGAAUUCGAUAUAUCGGCUCCGCAAUCAUCGGUCAAAAAACCCCAAAACCGCGUCAGUAGAAUUGCUCAGCCUGUGCGUAGAUCCACCAAACCUGUGGGACAGUUGGGUGAAAAUGGCCGAUCGAGAUCCAUGGAACGUGGCCUCAACAGUGCCUUGUUGGGAGUGCCUUCGACUGCUACGAAGAAAUCGCUCAACCCACGUAGUAUGAGCGCUACCCCUCAGCUACGGACACCGCUACGUAGCGUGGGCUAUGGAGGAUUGAACGCGGAUAAUGUGCUACCCAUGCCUUCGACCGUUGAACGUGAGCAAUUUUCGCCAGAAGCACGGCAAAUAUUCGACUAUCUUUCGCAAGCCAACAUUGCUGACUUGCCGAAAGAUUUCAUCGAGCGUGGCAAUAUAAGAGCGAUGUCCAUGAAGCAGUUUCUAAUUAUCGUUGCUCACUUGCUUCGUCAAAUUGGUGGCAGUCGGUACAAAAUUGGCACCAACUUUAUUGAAGACAUUAUGAAAGCAAUUACCGAACUGCACUGUCCGUUUACUGUCAGCAAAUCGAUGUUAAAAACGCCAAGCGCACCGCACUCCAUCCACCAUAUUAUAACGAUGCUCUUGUGGUUGAUAAGUCUGGCCCCUAAAUCGAUCACACCGAUCGAGUGGGCACCGAAAUGCUUGCAUGCGUCCGAGUUUCCAUCGCAGGAAUUUACCCAAUUUUUCUUCCAAGCUUCAAUUGAAAGUUUCCACCUGUGGAACCUGAAAAAAGAGGUCGAAUUUGGCGAACAGGUGGAGGCAAUGAUUGACCGUCUGGUGUCAGAGAAAACUAACGGACUUUCUCAGGACCAGGUACGUAUGCGAACUGAGCAAAUCGUGAAGCAGCUAGAAUCGAUCGGUGCUGACAGAACAAUAGGUCAGACACGGGACCUAAGCUUUGGCGAUGUGCAGCGGGAAGUUAGCGAACUGCAACGGGUUGAGAAACAUCUGUCGGAAGAAACGAAACAGCUAAAGAAGCAGCUGGAACGCCAGGAACAGAUGUACCACCAGCGACAAGAUCAGUACUACGAUAGGGAAAACGCCAUCUAUAAAGUGAAAGAGCAGCUUUCUAAACAGGAAAUGACGGUCAGCGAACGAGACGAGCUACGGAUGAUGAUCAUCCAAUGCAAAAAUCUCAUAUCCGCUAAGCGCAAAGCAAUUGCAUGCUUGGAGGAGGAAUCUUCUGACUAUCAGAUUACGCUGUCUCGGUUGAUAAAGCGGAAAAUCAACUGCAUUUCCGAACUCAACACCAAGCUGUACAACUUUUCCAACGCCAUCAAACCCGAAAUUCAGUUCGAGCCGAUCGAACUGAAUCUCCAAUCGAACAAUUACACCGAACUCGAGGAAACACUCUUGACUCUCGAACAGCAGUUGGCGGACGUGUUUCAGCAGUAUCGCGCAUGGAGACAUAGGCUCAGCAAAGAAAAAUGUCUUGUCGAACAAGAGAUGUCCGACCUCCGGCUUAUGGUGGCUGCGUUGGAAUCAAAAAUAUCCAAACAAACGGAACAUUUCCAUCAGAUCCAGCAGCAGCGAAGUGCUGUCGUACGUGAACUGAUUGCACUUGCCGAUCGGGCGAAUGAACAAAAACCGGUGCAUGUCCGGGAAAAAGAGCUUGAUCUCGCUAUAUUGCAGACCCGAGAGCAACUGGAAGGCAAUCGUAAAGCAAUCGAGAAACUUAGCCUCGACAAGCAAAAGCUAAUGGAGGACGGGCUGGAGCGAUGUCGGCAGGCGCUCGACGAGAGGCAUUUGAAACUAGCCUCUUUCCGCGCGUAUGUCCAGAAUUGUGAGGAUAUUAUGAAGCAAAUUGUGGUUGUUUGCUUUAGUAAUGAGAAAGAAAAAAGUGAAUCGGUUUAA